AUGCCCGAAGAAGAAGAUGUCAAUCCCUACGAGUUGCUCGGUGUCACUCUCGAGUCAACGGAGGCUGAAAUUCGGACCGCCUAUCGUCAACGUUCAUUGAAAGUUCACCCUGAUAGAAAUCGCGGCAAUCCUGAUGCAGCACGCAAAUUCCAUGAGCUUAAUCAGGCCUAUGAACUCUUGCUUGAUCCGCUUCGGCGCAUGGCGCUCGACGCCAAAGUGCGCGUGAAAGAGGCGCGAAAAGCAAGAUUUGCAUCCUAUGACAACAAGCGGAAAGGUCUUGUAGAUGAGCUCGAGGCUCGCGAGCGUGCUUUCAAGAAGGCGCGAGUGGAGAAGGAGGAGAAGGAGAAAGCACGAUGGCAAGAAAAUGAACGUAUUAUGGAGGAAGGGCGAAGAAUGCGUGAGGAGCGUGAGAAGGAACUUAAUCGAAGGGAGACGGAGAGGUUGGCGGGGGAGAAAACGCCAAUCGCUGAGGACGAACCUCCGACGCUUGGUGCUCUUGAUACCACCGUCCGCUUGAAAUACUCGAUUCUCUCUCAUCCGUUGCUUACGACACCGUCCAGUCUUAGCUCGCUCUUGGCGCCCUUUGGGUCCGUCGACGAAGUGGCCGUUGUGCUCUCGCUCAAACCGGCUCCCCCCAAGAAGCCAAAGCGGGGCACUGCUCUCGUCCCAUUCCGCCAGAUCGGUGGUGCGUUUGCAGCUGUGUGCGCAAGUGGGCGUGCGGAUCAUGGUUUGGGGAAUAUUGAAAUUAGUUGGGCUGAGGGUAGGGAGCCCGAUUUAAUCGGCUGGCUGAAGAAGAUGGGCAAGCUCGAAACGCCCGGAGAGCGUGAGGGUAAUCGGCAACUUGAAUCCGAUGAUCUCGCGGGGUAUGCAUCAUCACCGAAGUCGUCUCCUGGGCAGCAAGCUACUACCCCUGCAAUAUCCUCAUUCGUCCCGUCCUAUUAUUCGUCUUUUCCGUCAACUUUUCCGGACGUGCCAUCCUUGCCUGUACCUAGUUCGUCAAAGAAUGCCUCCGGCUUGGAUUAUGAGUCACUGACCCUUAUGCGACUCCGUCAAGCGGAGCGUGCUCGCCUAGAACGCGAGAUUAAAGAACAUGAAGCUGCCGAAGAGGCUUGA